AUGGUCGGAGUUCCCAAGAGCAAAGGAUGCCAAACCUGCAUCCAGCGGCGCGUGAAGUGCGACCUAGUCCGCCCAGAAUGCUCUCAAUGCCAAAGAUAUGGCGUCGACUGCCCAGGUUACUCAAGACCCCACAAGUUCAUGGACGAAGGAGAGAGACUCCAUCAGCGAUUCGGCAAGAAACGACAAAAACCAAACGCAAACUCCGAAUCGAUCGACGAACGCAUCGUACCGUCCCUCGCAGCCCGCUCAAUGGACAAACAACAACCCGUCAUAUUCGGCUCCUUCGUCCUCUCCGCCUUCACACGCUGGUUCGGACUGAACAAAUACCGAGUACAUGUUCCAUGGACACAAUACGUCGCCCAGCAUAUAGGCCAGAGUCCCGCCUUCGAUGCAGCCGUGUACUGCAUGAACUCCGUGCACAUGGGCCACGUCCACACUGAUACCAAGCUCCAGCGCUCCAGCCGCGAAGUAUACAGUCGAGCCCUACGGCUCUUCGGUGAUCGAAUCUGCGACGCAAGCGCUAUGAAGUCCGCCGAGAGCGUCAGCAUCACAAUCGUCCUCAGUCUCUUCGAAGCAUACUCGCGCACAACCCCAGACUCCUGGGCCCGUCAUGCCGCCGGGACAGCCCUCCUUAUGGCACACCGUGGCCCCGCGGCCCACCUCACUGGCUUCGAUCGCUGCCUCUACUUAUCCUUUCGAAGUUUUCUCGUCGCGGAGGCCUUCGUCAACGGCAGCAGAUGUAUAUUCGAGCGACCAGAGUGGCAGGCACAUAUUGAUCAGAUCCGCGGGGAAGAUAUGGCCUCCCCACGCGUGGACGAACCCAUUGCUUUAUUCAUCGACUUGCAAGAUCGCAUAUUCAUGGAAAUUUCCAAGGUCCCGGGUUUGCUGUACCAGGCUCGCAGACUACAUUUGAUGCCCGAACCAUUGAAAGCAAGUCGUCGGCUAGCGGCGCAGGUGCUGCGCAGUAAUCAGGCCUUGCAUACAUUAUCUUCUCAUCUGCGUGUUGCCGCAACAGCCCAGGACAACCAACUGUGCAACGGGUCAGUCCAUAACAGUGGCGAUAAAUCUACAUUCAUCGGUCCUAUACCAACAACCUUCCCGCAAGAAUUCGCCAACAGUGUCUUACGUGGAUGUGAUAUCUGCUCAUACAUCCUCUGUCUCCUGCUCGACUACCUCGAAAAUGAUGCAGAGAAGCACCUAAACCCAGAUCUGGAGACAAAAGAUGAAAUUUUGGUCUCGGAUCCCCUACCUUUCCGCUUCGUCUCCAAACUAGCGUGCAAAGGGUACACCGAUCCAGAUUCCGUAGGGGUAACAGUGGAUCUUCCGCCACCUGAGAAAUGGCUUGAUCUGGUAGCUGCGUCGAUGGGGCUGGAAGCCUUUAAUAUAAUCACGUGUGCAAAUGAAAGUCCCAGUUCAUCGACAGAUCAUGAUUCAACGUGGAGUGCAGCUGUGUCACUGCGAUGA